AUGCGCUCAGUUGCUGCUCGAAUGGACAAGGUUGGUGCAAAGCAUCUGGCUGAUUUCUUCUACACCAAUAUCAUGGUGACUGUGGACGACAUGCACUACGGCCCUUUCUACGAUGGUGCGGAUUGUGGCACAGACGUUGAUGACGUAACGUGUGGUGUGAACUAUGGUGCCUCGUCACUCUCUGUGUGGACGCUGGACCGCGUGUUUGAUCCCGAAAUGCCUGAGCUGCUUUCCGCUGUGACGCCGUCAAUGGAGUACACAAUAUUGGCCUUUGAGCUGGAAGAAGAAGAAGCUUGGAUGGAGCUGAGCAGAUGGGGCGGAAUAGUGUAUGGGGUAGGUGGCGCAGUUUUCGUUUCCAUUGUGCUUACAGUGAUACUCUCUAUAUAUUGCUGUUGCCAGGGCGAAAGCCGUAACAACAGGAAUGCACCUAAAAAUCCCGUAAAGGAUGUAACGGUUGUGUUCACUGACAU